UCUAUGCCCUUAGUUCGUCUCCGUACACGCCAUUAACACAAUUUUUGAACGUACCUGAAAGUAAAGUUCCUGAUUUAGUGGCCCAACAGAAAACUUUAAUUGAGGGGAACCGCCAAUUAAUUCCAUUACUAAAUGGGUCAAUCUACGGUGGUUCUUAUAUAGAUUUGAAAGAAAAUAAAAUAAUUAUCAACACAAUAGAUUUGUCCAAGGAUGACGACAUAAAAAAUAAUAUUAAGAUGAAACCAUAUCGAAAUAUAUUAUCAUUUGUAAAAGUCAAGAAUUCCUUAAUGGAUUUAAACUCCACUUUUGAAAAAUUAUCCAUAUUGGCGAAACAAUACGAUGUGAAAGACCUUGUGAUUAGUAAUGAAUACAAAAUCAACAAUAUAGUAAUAUAUUUAAACACUAAAAAUGAAUCAAACAAAGCAUUUAUCGACGAUGCAAAAAAACUUAAUCCGAAAAUAAUUGACUUUAAUCAAUCUACAAAAGAAGCGGAGUUUAAUUCGAAUAGUUUGCAUAAUUCAUUGACUUUAGAAUCUCGACAAAUAGUAACUUGCGGUCAUUGUGCAGCAGGCGGAACCAAGAAUCCCGAUGGAUUUAUUGAUUUUUAUUAUACACCAUGGAAUGAUAUAUCUAGGUUCUCGCCUGAAAGUUAUAUUGGACCAAUGACUAUGUCCGAUGUCGAG